AUGAAGUCUCUCUCGUUCUGGCUAUCCAUCAUCAUUGGAAUCGCAUCGAUUGUAACCUUUCGAGAAUACAUAGUGAGCGCAGCAUUCGCGACAGCAACGAACUUUCUCAACUCUUUGAGUAACACUCGGAACGGAAGCGUAUUCGACCUUGAAGCCAAGUCUUCGCAGCAACAAGAAGCACAAGUAGACCAUCACCUUUACGCCACCGACAUGUCUGUCCCUCGCGCGAUCCGCAAGGUCUUUUUGGCCGUUGAACAGGCUGAGGGUGCUGGUGCUCGCGUUCGUCGCUCAAUCGGCACGCCUCAGCUCAAGAACUUUUCACCAUUUUUGAUGCUUGACCACUUCCGUAUCGCCCCCGGCUCGGGCUUCCCGGACCACCCCCACCGCGGUCAGGAGACAAUCACUUACCUGCUCCACGGCGGUGUCGACCACGAGGACUUUGCCGGCAACAAGGGCACCAUCGAGGCCGGCGACCUGCAAUUCAUGACGGCCGGCCGCGGCAUCAUGCAUGCCGAGAUGCCCAAGCAGAACCCAGACGGCAGCGCCAACGUCGGUUUGCAGCUGUGGGUGGACCUGCCCAAGCACCUAAAGGCCUGCGAGCCGCGGUACCGCGAUCUGCGGGCCAAGGAGAUCCCCACCGUCGACGUCGACGGCGGCAAGGUCCACGUCAAGGUCAUCUCGGGCCAGAGCCACGGGGUUGACUCGGUGCGAGACCUAGCGUACACGCCCGUAUGGAUCUUGGAUGUUCAGAUCAAGCCCGGCGGCCGGAUCGCGCAGCCGGUGCCCAAGGGGUGGAAUGCCUUUGCGUACACGCUCGAGGGACAGGCCAUUUUUGGCGAGGGGACGCAGAAGAGGGUGGUGGACGAAUUCCACAAUGUAGUCUUUGAGGAGGACGGCGAGAUCGUCAACGUCGAGGUUGAUGCCGGCGCGGACAAGGACGCGAGGUUCGUCCUUAUUGCUGGGACGCCCCUUGACCAGGAGGUCGUGCAAUACGGCCCCUUUGUCCUGAGCUCUAAAGCCGAGGUAUAUCAAGCCCUCAUGGACUAUCAGACUCACUCUAAUGGGUUCGAGAGGGCCGAGGGCUGGCAGAGUGAAAUUGGAAAGUCUAUGAUUGAAUAA